AUGUUUUUUUCGCCAAUUUUUCGAAAUCGGGACACUCGCAUCGCCCAGCCGGCUGUCACGUGCUAUGGUUUGACGCCCCACACGCCACUGGAGUCGUAUGCCGCCGAGCAGACGCAGCAACUCAGCGAGCCGUUGCUCCUGUUGACAGCCACCGGAUCCACGCGCAACGCGUCACCGCUCGGAACGCCAUCUCAUGUUGAAAUUGAGCGCACACAAAAGUCCAGCCGCGUGACCAGCCUGGAGCUUCGAGAUCGGGCUGACAAGCUCGUGAAGGUAGUCCGAAGCAUCCAUCUUGUCACCGGGGAGAAGAGCCGCCGCACCGUUUGCAAGCUGACCGAUGAAGAGUGGCAAGCAGAAAGGGCUGAACGCGAGAAAGGGCGCGCGAAGCGGAAACAGAAAAGCGCCGAGCAAGACGUCGAAUUUAUCGAAGAGUUCAAGAAAUACCUCGACAAGCACAAGAGCUCAGGGGUGCGUCUCGUCUGUCACUGCAAACACACGAAGGGUGAAAGAAUCAAGCGAUUUAUGCGCAAGACGAAGGAUUGUCUGAAGCGCGUGGGACGUGGAACCUGGGUGUUUUGUUGCCCGCCACUGCCAAAAUAUCAGGUCAACAAGGCUGCCUUCUGGCCCCCGGACUGCUUCUACAUUUUCUUUCGGGACUCGCGUCCCCCCGGAAAGUGGAAGCCGUUAGGGUCGGCCGAGGAGAUUGUGCACCAGGUUAACAGCACUCAUCUCAACAAAAUCUACCGCAUCGCGCCCGCUCAUCCGUGCAGCUCUGAGAAGAAGCACGUCGAGGGUUUCGUUGUCCGGACGCCGCAUGACAAUUAUCUGGGCUGCGUGCUGGCGCGCGAGAACAAGGACCGCCGCGCCGAGUACACCCUGCUGUACGCACAUUCGAACGGCGAGGACCUGUACGAUCUGCUCUACUCGGUGCCCGACCUGCUCGACAUGACAGACGUUUCUCACUGUGACGUCGUCUCAUUCGACUACAGCGGCUAUGGGGUGAGCAGCGGCAGUCCGGAUGAGGAGACGCUGUACGAGGACAUUUGGGCUGUACGCCAGGUACUUGGUGACGUAACUCUUCUGAGCACUCGCCCACAACAGCACAUCAUCGACAAGCUGGACACUGCCCCGGAUCGCAUCGUUCUCCUCGGGUACAGCAUCGGCACGGCGGCCGUCAUCAACCUGGCCGCUAGCCUGCCCUCCAAUCAGCAGCCCGCCGGCGUGAUCCUGAUGGCGCCGAUGUGCACGGUGCUGGGCGCGGCUUGCGGAUGUUGUGGCCCUGGGGUGCAGAGGGCUUGUCGCGCCGAUCGGUUCAACAAUUACAAAAAGAUUGCCUCCAUCGAGGCCCCGGUGCUGAUCAUACAUGGGGAUAAAGACCCGGUGGUCAGCAUACGUCACGGCCAGCGUCUGCACAAGCAAAUCAGCGAGAAGCAGGGCCGAAAAUCGGUGACACCGCUGUGGAUCAAGGACGGCAAACACUCACAUCUCGACAGCCACUGGGCCCUCUGGGAACGUAUCAACACCUUUUUGCAAAAUGAGAUUACUCCACCCAACUCGAGACCGCCCGAGAUCGAACGCGAGAAGCUCCAA